CCCCAGCCAUGUCGUCCAUCCUGCCCUUCACGCCCCCGAUCGUGAAACGCCUGCUGGGCUGGAAGAAGGGUGAGCAGAAUGGGCAGGAGGAGAAGUGGUGCGAGAAGGCGGUCAAGAGUUUGGUCAAGAAGCUCAAGAAGACGGGGCAGCUGGACGAACUGGAGAAGGCCAUCACCACGCAGAACGUCAACACCAAGUGCAUCACCAUCCCCAGGUCCCUGGAUGGCCGGCUGCAGGUGUCCCACCGGAAGGGGCUCCCCCAUGUCAUCUACUGCCGCCUGUGGCGAUGGCCUGACCUUCACAGCCACCAUGAGCUGCGGGCCAUGGAGCUGUGCGAGUUCGCCUUCAACAUGAAGAAGGACGAGGUCUGCGUGAAUCCCUACCACUACCAGAGGGUGGAGACCCCAGUUCUACCUCCUGUGUUGGUGCCACGCCACACAGAGAUCCCGGCCGAGUUCCCCCCGCUGGAUGACUACAGCCAUUCCAUCCCUGAAAACACUAACUUCCCCGCAGGCAUCGAGCCCCAGAGCAAUAUUCCAGAAACCCCACCCCCGGGCUACCUGAGUGAAGAUGGAGAGACCAGCGACCACCAGAUGAACCACAGCAUGGACGCAGGUUCUCCAAACCUCUCCCCGAAUCCGAUGUCCCCAGCACACAAUAACUUGGACCUGCAGCCCGUCACCUACUGCGAGCCGGCCUUCUGGUGCUCCAUCUCCUACUACGAGCUCAACCAGCGCGUCGGGGAGACAUUCCACGCCUCGCAACCGUCCAUGACCGUGGACGGCUUCACCGACCCCUCCAACUCGGAGCGCUUCUGCCUGGGGCUGCUCUCCAAUGUCAACAGGAAUGCGGCCGUGGAGCUGACACGGAGGCACAUCGGGCGAGGCGUGCGGCUGUACUACAUUGGAGGGGAGGUCUUCGCAGAGUGCCUCAGUGACAGCGCCAUCUUUGUCCAGUCACCCAACUGUAACCAGCGCUAUGGCUGGCACCCAGCCACCGUCUGCAAGAUCCCACCAGGAUGCAACCUGAAGAUCUUCAACAACCAGGAGUUUGCCGCCCUACUGGCUCAGUCUGUCAACCAGGGCUUUGAGGCCGUGUACCAGCUGACACGGAUGUGUACCAUCCGCAUGAGCUUCGUCAAGGGCUGGGGCGCCGAGUACAGGAGACAGACUGUGACCAGCACCCCCUGCUGGAUUGAGCUGCACCUGAAUGGGCCAUUGCAGUGGCUUGACAAGGUCCUCACCCAGAUGGGCUCCCCAAGCAUCCGCUGUUCCAGUGUGUCUUAGAGACAUUGGGUGUGAAGGGGGUGGGUGGGGAGGGUGGGCUCGGGGAAGAUGGCUGUGGAGGAGGUGGAGAAAUCAGAACUCUAUUCACUGUGGUCAAGGAAGAAGACAUUUUUCUCCCUCAACCAAAGUGGCACCAGCCUGUUUUCCAAAACACAAAAGCAAACCCGGAGAUGGAUUUUUAUGAAUAGCUGUGUCUGCUGAACACAUCUUCCCUUUGGCCCCAGCUUGAAGGGCAAGAAAUGGCUUCUGCUCUGGCGGCUCGAGCAAACAGGUGGUAUCUCACCACCUGCCACCUCCCCCUGCCUCCCCCCCCCUUUUUUUAAGGACAGAAACUGGGAUGUCACUGUCCAAUGGGAAAUGGCCUUCUGAUCAGGACCGGAAUGUGGAAUGGGCCUUGGGUGCUCUAGGCUGGGAGAAGCCCGCAGGGGUGUGAGCACACCUCAGGUCCAGCCCUCUUCCCCCACUGAGCAUUCCUGAACCCCAGCUGCAGCAGCAGACCCUGUAACCUGGGGCCUGGACUGACUUGGGGCAGGGAGGGGGCUUGUCUGUCUCUAUCCAUCUCAGAGCGUACUGAUUACAGUGAGCAAGCAAGUGUGGUCCCAGUGUGCAGAGAGAUGGUGGGAAAAGCUGGUGGGACACCAGUUUAAAAACGCUCUUAAAUUUGUCCUCACUUUCAGCAGUUGGAAAGCUCUGUUGAGGCUCAGUGCAUAUGUACCAGAGUUUGUAUCAUCAGCCUCAUAUGAGAGAUUUGAAUUACGUCAAGUGUUUCCAUGAAGGAAGAGGCAGUCAUCCAUGAUGGUGCUGGGGCUGAGGCAGCACGCUGGUACCCGGAUCUCUGGUCACCUGUAAGAGUUCACUCCACAUUCUCACAUGCUCAGCUAUAUUGGUUGAUGUAGUCAGUUGCAUUAAUUAAAUGAACUUGAUCAUAUGUUCUUUUAAACGUUUGUUUUAUAUUAAAAAAAAAUCUGGAUUGGCACAUUGACUGGGACACAAGAGUGGGACCCAGCAGUUUCUCUCCCAAAGUGAAGCUUUUCCAGGUUUUGUUGAGAAGACACCUGCCAGCACUUUGGGAAGCUGAAAUUAACAGAAGCAAAUUCACCAGGAGGGAGAGAUCUCAGGCCAACAUAGGCAGAUGAAAGGGCUAUUAAAAUUUUUUUUUUUACACCCUUGAAUAUUGCAGGCUUGGUGCAAAGAGGUCUGCCAUCUUUCCCCUGGGAUGGGAGAUUAUCUAGCUCACAGUAGAGGCUCAUCAGUGACAACUCUAGCAGUUAUAUGGUGUAAUAAGUACUGCUCUCAGUGGCAAUUAGUGAGAAAACUAUUAUAAAUUAUUUCAACUGGAAAAAAAAAAGAGCCCUCUUUUUCUGGCCUGUUGCAGAAUACAGCAGACGAAAUUGCCACUUGCCAUUGGUACUUUAUUCUUUGCUGCUGUUUUUGUAUGAAAUGACUUAUCCCAUAUUUUUGCAUGGAUUUCUACCAGGAAACAUUAAGGGAUUUCCUAUGGAAGUCUUAUCUUAUUCCAGGUGAAGGGAAGAAAGCAUCUACUUUUGGCAGGUAUAAACCUCAACUGUGAUGACAUUUCUGAAGCUAUGUGGAGAUGUUGGGGGGUGGUUCCUGCCUCACUUGCAGGAUCCUAGGCCUGUGAUGCCCUAGCCUUGAGGUUUCCAGGUAGGAGAGCUGCUCGCCAAGCCUCUGGAGGACACAGCAAGAGACAGAAGGGGCCUUUUGCCAGUCCUGGGCUGGUCUUCGAGCAGGGCUGUUGACACAGAGCCCAGAGACAACUCAUAACCCCUCAUUCCACUUGAAAGAGCUGGAUACUGUAGGUCUGAAGUUCGUGCCUGGUGUGAAAUGAUCGUGGACUGCUUCUUACAGAUACAGGAAAUCAUCUGAACCUCCUGGAUGUAUGUUCCUGCUCCUGGUCAGGUCUGGGACUCAUGGUAUGAAUUACUAUCUCAUUUUGGCCUGGACCAGAGCCACUAUGGUGCCCCCUCUAAACGCCAGGGGCAGCAGUCUUUGAGGGUCCAUGUUCUACACCUGCCACGUGAUCCCGAGGGCUUCCUACGGUGCCCAGCUGUCCCCCAGGUACGUGGAAACUGGCUUCAGGUACAGCCCGAUUUGGAUGAUCCAGUGGUCACAUCUGGCUGCAUUUGGAUGGUGUUGUAGAAUCCUUAGUGCUCAAAGCUCCUCUUAUAAGACAUGGACUUUUAGUUCUGUGUUUUUCCAAAAGCUACUUAGGUGUCCCUUUUUCUUUCUAGGCUAGACUGCUGGAGCAGGAUGCGUGAGAAAAAAGUGAGGAAACCUACUUUUAGCACCACUGAAAAGGAGUUUGGUUGUACCUAGCAGUUAGGACCCGGCUUCAUUCCCAUCGUAGAGGCUUCGUAAGCGGCUUUGAGUUGUGUAAUAUUAGUGUCCUUCAAGUCAUAAAAAUAGUUUUAAAAUCCUAUUGCAUGAAGGCGUUUAUACGUUAAAAAACUUAAAGGACAGUCGAAAGGGCAAGAGGCAAUCAGGGCAGUUCUCGGGGGGUGACCGUGGCUGUUGGAGAGCAUUUGCAGUGCAGGUGUCCAGGCUGUACUUUGUGCCUUGUUCCCCAGCCUUGGGCUCCCUGCCAGGCCACCUUCACUGUGUGGCUUGUGCUGACACUGACCUGAGAGGAGCUGUGGUGGGGGGCCUAGAUCCUGGCCUCAGCACCUCCUGGGAGCCGGCUUCUAUUCCCUUCCCUCUCCUCCCACUCCCUCCCCACUCCCAACUUUAGUGCUUAGAGCCUUCCAGUGCAAGGAGGUAGCCGGCCCAGUGGCUCGGGUUCCAGGCCUGUGCUGGCACAUCACUCCCCUGGCCACCUUCCUGGCAGGCUGCAGAAGACCUGACAUUUUGAGACAAGCCCCGAGUCAGGAGCGGGGACUUUGACUCUUCUUUUAGGAAGAAGACACAUGAGGGCAAGGCUGCUGGCAGACUUUUCCAUUGUCCUUAUGUUGUCCGUGCUGUAUUUUUUUAUUGACCGUGGUGAUUAUUUUUUUUUAAAUCAUUGUUAAUGUAUUGGAAUGAGCUGUAGCACACAUCUUGUGCUUAGUUUGUUUUCAUCCAUCUCCCUCUGGCUUCCUAGAGUUUGGACAUAUUCCAGGGCUCAAUGCUUUUACUCAAACCGCAGAAAAAGGUUUCCUUGAAGUAAUGUGUGCAUGUCGUGCAUGUAUGUGGGUGGCUUGGGGAGAAGGCAGAGCGAGGAUUUCAUCCUUAGCCCCAAGCUGCCAUUUCUGAGGCUCCAAGAGGGUCGCUGCAGGGCCAGAGCUCAUAUUUGGCCUUUUUUUGUAGCUCUUACAAGAAGGGAGGGACAGGGAUCUGCAGACUCCUCACGGGACCAGUAACCAAGGGGUUACCGGUAGCAAGUGAGGGCACGAGUUUAGUUCUGGACCCUGUGUCUUACUGUGUGACUUUAAAUGGCAGUGUUGGGUGCGUUCCCAAAAUCCACACAUCCCCACUUUGCUGGAAGAAAACCUCAACUUUGCUAAGUUGAACUGUUUUUCUUGGUGUGGUGUAGAUGUUCCCUUCCAGAACCCCUUCUAAUAAUCGUCCUUCAGGAGCACCAGCCACUCCUCAAGUGGGUGGGAAAUCAGAGAACUGUGCCCAAAAGGGUACACAGCAGUCAUGAAGAUGAGGCAUCUUGGCUGGAAGAGCAGGGAAACGCCUCGGUAUUCAGGCAGCCUUUCCGAAAAAAUACAGCUAUCACAUAGAAAAAGCUCGCCUAGAGUGUAAACUGGAUUGAGAAGCGCUCUCAAGUGAUUCUGUAAUUUUGUUUUAUGCUGAAGUAAUGUACCCUCGAGCAUUCUGGUGUUUUUAUAUUUAUGUAAUAAUUUCUUAAAACCAUUGGAGACAGAUACUAUUUAAUUUUUUGAAGACAGUUGGAAGUCUCUCCUCCCUCCCAAGGACAGUGGCUGGGAAGAGCUGGGGCACAGCCAGUUCUGAACGCUGGUGGCGGGGACAGUGGCUCGGCCUCUGGAACCACCAACCCAGACUGGCUUACUGUGCGGCAGCGUGUGAACACAGGCAGCUCUGGGUCAAAUACAGGUGCUCCCGCAGGGGUCCUCUGAACCAAGCCCCUGUCCCUUCCUAGGGGUGAGAACUGUACCCAGGAACGGAGCCACCUUCCUCCAAGAACCUCCACUUACUCACUGCUGCUGUUGCCACGAGGCUGUUCUGUGCGGGACUCCUGGCUGGGUGUGUGUUUGGGUGGGGAAGGAGCGUGGAGGAUGCUGAUGGCCUGCCCUUCUCAGCCAGCCUGACCUUUUAAUACCUUUGUAAAAAGCAUGUAUGUAUUUAUAGUGUUUUAGACUUUUCUAACUUUUUGUAUCUUAAGAGCAGAGCACCUGUUUAAGCAUUGUACCCAUUGUUAAAGAACUGUGUCCUCUCUCCUUCUCUACCCCCUGUUAAGUGCCCUUCUAAUAAACUUUUCAUUGAAAAGUU